AAGAAUCAAAGUUCUCUGAUCUCACCAUUGCUUCUAAUCCAUCUCUUUCUUCCUCAUCAAAAUGGCAAGCAUUUCUCUACUUAUUAGACAAUUUAUCUACACCUCCCUCAUCUUCCUUCCAUGCCUUCUCUGCGUAAACUCCACAUGCUCAUGCUCACCAUCACCACCUCCACCUCCUUCACUGGACUUUAAUUUAACCUUCGUAGACAUAAGGCUCGCCGUUGUCUACCCAAUAAUCCAAAGUUUCAAGAAGACAAUCACUGCAGACCCCUUUAACAAAACCAAAACGUGGGUUGGUUCAGACAUAUGCAACAAGUACGAGGGCUUCUUCUGUGAUAUCCCACCGGACAAUAGAUCCGCCAAGGCCCUCGCCGCCAUUGAUUUCAAUGGAUUUCAGCUUGCAGCCCCUACUCUUGAAGGUUUCAUAGACCAACUUCCUGACCUUGCAAUCUUCCAUGCCAACACCAACAACUUUUCUGGUAUUAUUUCACCAAAUAUCUCAAACCUCCCAUAUUUCUACGAGCUUGAUAUAAGUAACAACAGAUUUUUUGGGGAAUUUCCACAAGCAGUGUUGGGCAUGAACAAUAUAUCAUUCUUGGACAUCCGGUACAAUUUCUUUACUGGGACAGUGCCACAACAAGUUUUCAUGCAAACCCUAGAUGUACUUUUCAUUAACAACAACAAUUUCAAAAGGCAGCUACUCCCUCAGAACCUUGGCUUCACCUCUGCACUCUACCUCACAUUUGCAAACAACAAAUUCACCGGUCCAAUCCCACGAAGCAUAGGAAAUGCUUCAUCAACAUUGCUCGAAGUGUUAUUCUUGAACAAUCAAUUAACCGGUUGUAUUCCCUACGAAAUUGGAUUGUUACAAAAGGCCACAGUCUUUGAUGCCGGAAACAACUUUCUGACUGGGCCUUUGCCGUGGUCGCUAGGCUGCUUGGAUAGUAUUGAGCAGCUGAACUUUGCUGGAAACUCUCUCUAUGGAGAGGUGCCUGAGGUGGUGUGUCUACUAGGGAACCUGUUGAAUCUUUCACUGUCAGAUAACUAUUUUACUCAUGUUGGACCUGUGUGUAGGAAGCUGAUAAAAAAAGGGGUUCUUGAUGUAAGGGACAAUUGCAUUUAUGGUCUCCCUGAUCAGAAAUCUUUGGGGGAGUGCUGGUGGUUCUUCUUCUACUCUAGAUUCUGGCACUGCCAAUACCCUUGGUGGUUGAGUACUUAUGUUCCUUGUAAAACUUAUACUCACUUUAAAAAAGCUCCUCCAGUGGGGUCCAAGAGAAGAUUGAUGUCUUAUGCUGCUCUUGGAAGAGAGAGAUUGUGAGGAUCAAAUGGAUUUUGGUUAGAAAUUCCUGAUUCACCAACCAAAAAGUACUACAAGUUUGUUUGUUUGUUUUUUUUUUUU